AUGGAACUCAUGGAGCUUGUCGACCAAGAGCCUGCCACUCGCCCCUUCCAGUGCGACUGGCAAGCAUGCAACAAGAGCUUCAACCGCAAGUCAGACCUUCAGAGGCAUUACAGGAUACACACCAAUGAAAGGCCCUACGCGUGUAUCACCCCCGGCUGUGGAAAGAGCUUCAUCCAAAGGAGUGCCCUGACCGUCCACAUCCGAACCCACACGGGAGAGAAGCCACACCAAUGCCAGCACAUUGGCUGUGGAAAGAGGUUCUCAGAUUCCUCGAGUCUCGCAAGGCACCGCAGGAUACACACCGGCAAGCGACCAUACAAAUGCUCGCACGAUGGUUGCGCCAAGAGCUUCUGCCGCAAAACCACGAUGGUCAAGCACCAAAGGCGAUCACAUCAACGCGGUGGUCUGUCAUCCGAGUUCGACGAAUGCACUUCUGACUCUGGCAGCGAGUCGCCUCCCACUCCCCGCAGCGCCACCAUGUCAUGGGCACCUGCCGGCGUCGCUAUGGCACACAGCCUUUCGAACCACGCGCUCCACCGCGCUCAGUCGUUUGCCGAUUUCGGGCAGAUGAACCAUUUCGGCCUCCAGCAGCAGUAUGGUCACCGACAGACGGUAUCACAAGGCGCCCAUGAGUACCACGGCCAACAGGUCCACCACGCACACCCCGACAUGCACAUGGUUCACAGGACAGCAGGUGUGCCGACACAACCGUACUACGUCACCGACCAAAGCAAUCCUGGCGUUGCCACCAUGAACACCAACACCGUCCAACAGUCAUACCACCACCAGGUUCCCAGGCAGCAGACGGUGGAUGGCAGGUUAAACCUCGAAGUGGUGACAAGCGCCCCGUCAGGCAUGCCAUCCUCGAUCCAGAGCAGCCCCAGCAGUUUCUCAGCGGGAUCUGGCAGGAGUCCUACCGCCCAGGACGGUUACUACACCCACCAGGCCCAGGCUGCGACCUACGCCCUCCACGCCGCGCACGCCGCAUCAACCUCUCCGGUCGAGGCGCAGACCCCGAUGGUGCCAUACCCGCAAGCGAUGCCCCAGAUGUCGCAACAGGGACACCCGCCGCACGCACCGAAUGUCCACGAGCAGUUCGCCCACCAAGCUCAAACCGGUGCCGAGGAGGGAUGGUACAACGGUGUUUAUCAAUCACCAGUCGAGGUCACUACCAUGGGCCAAAUGCAGACAUACGGGUCUGUCGCAUACGAUCCAUGGAGCGGCAUGAAGGCUGAGUUCGAGGACACCUCGAUCCAGAUGCCCAGCGCCAGGAUCGAGAAUAUGUGA